AUGGCGACCGUGAAGGUCCACUGUGAAAAUGGUGAGAUCUACAGGCUGACACUGCAAGAAGAAGCCAGCUAUACCUCAGUGGUCAAACUUGUGGCUGACUGCUGUCCAGAUGUUGCGCUGUUUCUUGCGAAAGGAGGCACUUGUCCGCUGAAAUAUGCGGAUGAUGAGGGAGAUUGGUGCACUUUGGCCCAAGCCACCUUUGAUGACUUCAUGAAUUUGCAGAGCAACAGACGUUUGUUGAAGUUGCGCCUGAAGUCCAGAGAGCCCGAAUCCCAAGAACCAGAGACCCCAGAGGCCAAAGCAACAGCAAAGGAAGAUGUUCCCGCAGGACCCCCACCUGGCCUUGAAAAUGAAAAGGAUGAGCUGGGAGAGGCCGCCUACGGCCCUGGGGCAUGGGGUCCGGGUGGCAACGGUGGUGGUCCCCGUCGCCUGCUGAUCGCGCUGCACAUGCUCCGCGAGGCGGAGCUUCUCACGCCGGCCAUGUUUGCCUCGCUGGCCGUGCAGUGGCUGCCCUUGGUGACGCAGCGAGUGGCGCGAAAGGUGGAUAAGAUCAAUCACAUGGCUAGACACGGCCUGGAUCACAACAUGAAGGCCUUGCUGGAGAACAUCCAGGUUCAGGCCGCCCAGACCCCGGGCUUAGAAAGCUAUGCUGGGCUCAUGGCGGAAGCGCUCAACGGCAACGGCAACAGCGCACAACGCCUGGGGGAAGCUCUGUUGGAGCUGCUGAAAGCCUUGAGGGGCCUGGGAUUUGAGAUUCAGACCCACUUCUGUGAAAGCGUCCCUGGGCUGAUUCGGUGUCCACAGUGCCCUCAGUACAGCUUGUGUGGCAACUGUUACCCUCAAAAGAUUCAGCUACAUGGGAACUGCGCGGGCUGUUCCAAAGACUUCCAGUGCAUCAUUUUUCCAGCCAAGGGAAAGGGCAAGACUUGCCGUGACAAGACCGAGAAGAGCGAGAAAUCUUCGUGUGCAGCUCCUUUUGAUUGGACAGCAUGGGCUGGGAAGGGUGCCGGAGCAGGAGCUUGGAUGGGAGCUGCCGUGGGCUCAAUGUUGGCCCAUCAGUUUGGUGCACAUGCCAUGGGCUUCAAUCCUGCCUUUGGAUGUCCGAUGCCAUACCCAGGCCUCGAUCAGACCAUGUUUGAAGAGAGUCAGGAACCGGAAUGGCCAUGUGCCUGGCCCAAGGGCAGGGGAAAGGGCAAGAAGGGCAAAAAGAAAAAGGGCUGGCAGGCCCAUGCGGAGCCGGAAGUUGAUGAAUUUGAACAGAAAGUGGCCCACUUACUUGAACUCCAGCUUGCAAAUGAGGAGGUCAUCAGAGAACUUCUGGUGACUCAUGACGGUGAUUUGUCUCAAGUCGUUCAGCAGUUCGUCGAAUCCGUGGCCAGAGAGCAUGACAGACACGGCGACCUGGAUUCGGAUGAAGAAGAGGACUUCGUGCAAUUUGAUCAGAGGCUCUUAAAUCUCAGCGAUGAGCGCUUGACCAUCGAACUGGCCCAGCUUCAUAAGGAGAUCGCCAACAAGGAAAAGGAGGUCAUGCAAAUCAUGCUGAACAUUGCAGAGCGAGGAAGUUUCUUAACCGCCGCAAGCAUCGACAGCAUCCGAAGUGAGAUGGAAAAACAGGAUGGAAGCUCGGAUUUGGUCGCAGAGCAGGAAAAACUUUGGGUCUUGGCUGAAGACGAGCUUCGGCAGUUGGAGGCGCACAAGGACAUGAUCUUUGAGACCAUUGGUUUUGUGAAAGGCCGAAUGAAGGGCGAGGAUGGUAAGGUCCCGUUGACGGAUGAGAUGACACACUUUCUAAAGAAGAAGCGUCAAGACGUUGAGACGAAACAUGGCCCGGGCCUUCUGGCAAAACGCAUGGAGGAUCAUGGCAAGGAGUUAGAAACCCCAAGCACCGAGACCUUGCUCAGGCUCCAAAAUGAGACGGCAGAGCUGAACCAACGAAUUCAAAAAGCGGGAGCGUUGAAUCUGAAAGUGACUUCAGAAAGUCAGCUGAAUACGGAUUUCGACAAAAAUCUGGCUGCUCUCAAGGCUGGAGCUCCACCAAAUUUGGAGACGCUGCAGCAGUUAGCCGACAUCAUGGAUCCGCAGAAGGAUUGGCACACAGACAACGUGGCAGAUGAGGACCAGAGGAGAGUUCAGAUUGAGACUGAAAGGUUGAUGAAGAAAAAAACGGAUCUUUUGCAGAUCAUCACUCGCAUGACCUCGGAGCAACAGGCGCUUCAACGCGAAUGGGCGGAACAUUGGACGAGUGCCAAGGCCCUCGAAGCAAAAUUGCAAAAGCAGGAGGAGCAGGUCCCAGCACAAGAAGAGAAUCUCCGUGUGGUCCAGGAGCAGCAUGAACUGGUGGCUGCAUCUCUGGCUUGUGCUCGCUCCAACAUUUCAGCAGCUGCCACACUAAAGCCACCCCGCGGCAUCACGUCACAUGCACGACUUCCCUCGCUGAGCGGCCCAGCUACCGCCAUGAAGCAGCCUAGUAGGGCCUUGGAGGACGGCGACAACGCCUCGGCCGCCUCGAGCGGCGCGAGCGGGUCCCGCAGCUCCACGCGGCAGCUCAGCGGCGCGCAGUCGCACGGCUCCACGGAGCGCGACCGCUUGGCCUCGGCCUCGGCGCGGCUGCAGCGGAGGAUGGGGCGGUGUGGAUGCAGUGGAUGGGGCGCAUGGCUGACCCAUCUGGCCGGGGCUUUGGACUGUUUGGAGAUCAAAAUGGAAGAGUUGAAAGAUGAGAUCCUUGCAGCAUCCGCCCCAGAAUGCCAACCUCCAACUGAACCCGCGGAGCGUGAAGUGAAAGUUCCACUGCGCGCCGGUGGCCGUGCGAGUCAUCGCUUGGAUCAGGAGUUUGAGCGGUUAAAGGUAAAGUCCACCAUCCGGCCAUCGCUUCCUCAGGACCUAGUCUCAGGUGGUUAUUCCGAGUUCAUGCAGGAAAUCAUGGCAUCCUGGCGAGACUUCAUGGACUACACCCCUGAACGGGACGAUCAGUUUGAAGAAGGUGACCGGAAAUCACGCGGCAAAUUUACCUGGAAGACGCGCUUGCGGCAGUUGAACACCAUCAUGCAGCAUGGCCUACAAAAGGAUGAGAUCAUGAGCCUGUAUGGAGGCCACGAGCUUUAUCCUGCCGUGGCUGGCACCUAUUGGCUACGUAAGUUGGAGUUUGAAACCCUGCCACUGCUGAGUAGCGAAGCCGCCCUGUUCACUGCAAUCUGGCAGCUGGUAGGUCCUUCCCGACUGCAAGGUGCACUCCGCCGGUGCCAGGCCACAACGCCCUGUGCCUGCCGCUUCGUGGCUUGUCGCCCUGGCAUCGAUGGGCAGGGGCAGCUGAUGGCACUGGAGCUGAGGUCUCGAUGGUUUCAGUGGCCGAAGUUGGAGGAGUUACCCCAAACAGCUGCAACUCAGGUGAGAUAUUUGGCCUUAGAGUCUAUAGAGGGUGCUGGAGCGUUGAAACAUCCUGAGUUUUGGCUUCAAGCAUUUCCUGGAAUCCAGGUUUUGCAGUUGAGUGUCCCACUUUCUACGGAGUUGAUUGGCAAGGUGUCAGCUCUCCUGCAGGGUUGGCAGGAUGAGUUGCUUGGUCUUAGCUUGCACUGGAACCCAGAGUUUGAGAUACGAAUAGAUGAUCCGGUCGAGGCUCCUGUGGAACUUUUGGAGUCCAUUUGCGUUUUGAAAAAGUUGAGGCGCUUGCAUGUGGAUGGAUAUAUCAGCCGCUUGCCCUCAUGUUUUGGGCAGCUCCCCUUGGUGGAGUUGGAUGUUCGCGGCUUACAAUUCCGAGACGAUUCCGCCGUUCCCUCCGCACUGGCAGCGCUUGGACCAACUCUACGGAGUUUCAUUGCCUACUCUCAGGGCCUGGAUCGCAGCUGUCAACGCCCAGCGCCGUGGAACAAGACGUCCCCGGCCUUUCUGAGCAGGUGUCGCCCGCGGCCUUCUUGGGAUGCUGCCCAGCCCAUGGAUUCCACCGACGACGAUGCUUGGGCGUGGCAAUGUCCCUGGGAGUCCUGGGUGGCCAGGCUAGACGAUCCAGAGGCUCCCUGGUGGUCCUGGCACCAGCUGGAGCGUUUCUGGGUGGACGCCAACUUCCUCCAUGGCCACUUUCCACCGGCGCUGGUGGAGGCUUGGCCCCGGCUACGCAGCCUGGACCUGCAGCUCAACGAGCUUUCAGGUCCGUUGCCUGGAGAAGCCCUGUCCAAACUUCAGAACCUUACAGCUUUGCGCAUUCAUCGCAACAACUUUUCUGGUCAAGUGCCAGCUGCAAUUUUUGAGGCCCCGAGUUUGCACUACACCAACUUCGAAGGUAAUACUGAGCUACGGGGCUGCAUCCCGCGGAGGCAGUUUACUGCCGAAACCUGGCAUGUUCUCGAGCUUCAAAUCCAGGGGACCAAAAUCACGGGCCAGUGCGAAGCGACAGCGGAGAAGAGAACUGAGCUGUAA